AUAACCAUCCUUGUUAAAUCCCUGCAUAAAACAUGAGAUCUGCUUCUGCUGCAUCGGUUUGUUGUCUCAGUUGCCUGCUGCUGCCAGGUGUGGUUUUACAGACAACAGGGUUUUUCUCGCCAUAUUGGAUAAAACAGAAUUCAACAUCAGACUGCUUCAGAGGAAUCCUGUACACCGUAAAUUGUGAUGAAAGUAUUAAAGGACUCGGUCCAACAGUUUUGGGAUGCCAGACUACAGCUUUAAUCAUUAUUGCCCUUUCAACAAUUGUUCUCUUGUAUACUUUAUGCUACAGUAAAGACGACCAACAAAACAGCCUGGGGUGUUAUCAUAAAUUUGGAUUGUGUUUUAUUUGCCUUUACCCUCUUUCAGGAAUCAUUAGUUUUUCUGGGUGCAUGUUUGUUGUUACAAACUAUAACAACCACGAAAAGAGCUGGGGUUUUCAUCUUUCUCUGGCAGCAUCAUGCUAUGUAGUCCUUGAGAUCUUCAUAUGCUGCUAUACAUUGAACAAGCUAGGAAGGUCAGGAAAGGACACAGAUAUCGAGGAUGUACAAAGGAAUUCAAGUAAUAAUGGCGAGGAAAACAAUCAAUUUGGAGCAUCAACUCAAGACAAUGAAACAACGACCCCUUCCCGUGGGGGAGGUGUUAUUUUGGGUCAAGUGCAAGGUCAUCACCAAUUAAAAUUUACAAGCACCAGGACGUUUCUGACCAGGAAGCUACAGGUCACGAGAGUUUUCCACAUCAGCUGA